GGGUCAUGUCGUGAACUAGCGUUUCCAGCUUUUCUCAACUUCGCUAAGAGACGUCUAGUGAAUCAUACAAUAAACAUUGUUGAAGUCCAGGAUGUGGAUGAAUGUGAGCGGCUGUGCUUUAUGGAACACAAUUGCGUUAGUGUUAAUCUCGACAACAAGCCAAAUGGAAACCGAAGAUACAAUUGUGAACUGAACAACGCGACACAUGAAAUUCUCAACGGGGAAUUGGUACAUGUAGAAAAUUACCUCUAUCGUGGAACACAAGUAAGUAUUAACUAGUGACACCACCCAACGGUGAUAAAUAUGAGGCUGCUGGUGAUUCAGACACAAGUAACCAAGGGUUUUUGUUCAUCGGUCGUGUGAAACUUUUAUUCUUUGACAUUUUUGGCUAGUAAGCUUUUCAGGAUGGUCUGUGGCUGCGUGAAGCCGAAGGGCACCAAGUUCUAUAGCCACAACUCCCAAUGAGCGGCGCUAGAUCCUAUAAUUUUUUUUCUUCGUAAACUUUACAGAUAGGGGUAAGGCUAGCGGCUUUGGAGUAGCCGCUCAUACGAAGAAAAGGGUGUUUCUUUAAUUAGGUAGUAGGAAUAGAACAAAGAGAUGAGAUGUGCUUAAGAUGACUCAGUGCUUAAGUAAGGUAAGGUCAGCAAGGGCGAUGUAUUCGGAAGAAUUUAAGUAAGUUUUAAUUAGCCGUUUUUCUUUUCUUUCUUUUAUUUUUAAGAACGCUUGAAGCAAUUAUCCUUGUCAAAACGGUGGUACCUGUCAAUCAGGAUUUACCAAGAAGCGAUAUCGAUGCUUUUGUCUACCAGGUUGGAAGGGUGACAACUGUAUGUAUGGUAGGUUAUAACCCGAGAAGCGGUCCAUAAACAGUACAAGCAGGCACAUCACCGUCAUGGCGAGUCAUUCAAAGUCAUUCAAAAUGGCCGCCAAGAUGCCACCCCCCAUCGCUCUAACCUCACCCCUACCCCUACCACCUGGUUCAUUCAUUUUACCAGAAAGAAGAGAGAAUGUUCUACGCAUUUGAUGCAUUCAUACUCGAUGAACUAAAAAAGGAUGUCCAGUCGAAAUCUAUUCCGCCUUAUCUUUUUUCCUAAUCUCAAGGUUGCUAUUGCGCAUGCACGGCACUUAUGUAGCCAGCUUCCGUUGGAUUCCCAUUAAUGAUAGAGCGAUUUUCGCAUGACCUUGAAAAAUGGUUUCGGCAAGUGUUCGUUAUUUGUUUUAUCAGCCAAUGGAUGAAAAGAUCAAAACAUGGCCUCUUCGUUUUCUCGCCAAAGAAAACCCUAAUAUGGAGAACUCACUGUUCGACUGCCCAAUCGUGUUGCAGUAUGACGUCAAAGCGAAGUAACGGAUGAUUUCUAGAAAGUUCUCAGGCGUGAGGUUUUUCACCCGAGCGUUCGAUAAACCAAUCAAAUCGCUCUAUUUCCGUUCGUUUGUUGUUUCUGUUUUGUUCGCGCGUUUUCAUUUCAAGGUCAUACGAAAAUCGCUCUAUUCCGCUGCCUUCAAAACUACAGUGUCUUUUGUAUAUCUAGUUUUGACAAUGAUUAUUGUUGCAACUUCAAUGCAAGAUGUACGAGAUUCGACCCAAUGCCUUUUGAAGAAUAACUAUUAUGGAAUUACUGCAACCUUGCGUGUAGUUUGAUUCAUGUAAGUAUUGUUUGAGGAAGGAAUGAUCUACAAAUCGUACCACCUAGUUUAAGUAUUUGUUUAGUAUCUUAAGGGUAAGUUGGUUUCCACGGUGAUUUGCAUUGACUUAAAAUUGUUGAAAAACACAGCUUCAAUGCCCUAUGUGUAAGUAUCUGAUAAAUACUUAAUAUACACGUAAAUGGGUCCCGCAUUAAAACUUAAAAGCACUGAGUGGCAUAGAUGUUUGCCUUACACUGUAUGAUUCCGGUGGCUAUAUUAUGAAAACAAAAAAACAAUUAAAAACAAGAAAACAAAAGAAAACAAAAUCACCUGAAAAAACCCCUAGCGCGUGCCAAUAAAUAUUUAUCAUAAUCUUUUUUAAUUGAGUUCUCAUGGUCAUCUAUGGUAAUUCGCCCUUCUUCAUUACUUUGUUUUUGACGGAUGAAAACUAGAGAGACGAGAAAGGACGGAAAAUUUGACGUUGAUAACUGACUCUUAUCGGCACUGAGCUCUCUGUUAGUCGAAUAAAAUUUCAAUUAGUUUACGCACAGUUUGCAAAAAUCCUUCCUUACUUACUUUAAAAAAUUCCAUUUUUACCAAGACGUGGGCUUAGACAAGGGCGUUUCUAAUUUCGAAAUGCUUUAUUAAUGAAUAAACAGCGCAAAACGGGUAAUAUUAAAAAAGGAGAUAGUUGAGCCCGACACCAGUUCUACGGCAACUAGUUAAGUGAACUUUCAUGGCGUCUAUAAAUUCGUUUCUUUUACUUGCAUGGAUUACUUGGCUUAUUUUGGGGGCUUCUUUAUGUACUGGUAAGUUUUGUUCCCAUCUGCAGGCAAUCUUUUCAAUUUUUGAGCUUUUCUUGUUUUUUCGUAUUUCAAUAAUCCGACGAACUUGUAUGAUAUACAAAACUCUUAACCUAAAUAAUAGCCUGUAAACCAUAAAACUGAUACAAUAAUUGUAAAUUUCCGUUUAGUAGGGGUGACGAUUAAAUGGGUGCGUUUUUCAGUGUAAAAUGUUCAGGUUUUUCCUCGCAGAAAAAAAGUACUAGAUGUUGCAAACAGGGAAACAGUUUUUCAUUCACUCAAAUUUACCAAUUUUAAUAUAAUAUUGCCACUGAAAGCACUAAUUUACAAAAAAAAAGUUAAGAUUCUAUCAAUAUGCGUUUAAGUUCUUUCAAAUGAGAAGAAAACAAGAUAAAGGCCUUUAGAAAUCUUCAUUCUUUAGAGAAAAAAACUGCAGAGCUAUUAUGCUUUAUUGAAGACAAAAUAACCACAUAAAUUUACAACAUGCAGCUGCAGAUCUAGAGAUAUAUGAUGAUACGGCAUUUGGAUGGCUGAGGUGUAAAAUUCGUUGUAAUAUCUACCUGGAGUUAUGAAAACCGAGUUAGCAAACAUUUUGUAAUUUUUCUCAACUUCCCCUGUCUAAUAGCUUGUUUACUGUGUUUUUUGCUCAUGUCGUAUUUUUUUUGGCUUGUCUUGACAGAAUUACUAUCUAUCUCACCCCCACCCCCCACCCCCCCCCCCCGCUUCCUUUUUUUACCCCCCCCCCCCCCCCCCCGCUUCCUUUUUUUCCCUACCCACAAUUCCGUGAUGUUGACAGGUAUGUGAUCGCGUGGUUGAACUGUAGUUUCUCCAAAAUAUUCUGUGCCAGUCAUUAAGAUUGUUUCGUCGGUGUUUAGCUUAGCUGAUUGUACCUUGGAAAAGCAACUCUCGACUGAGGAAAAUUGGAUCUAGGUCUAGUUUCAGCUGGCUCUAAUGGCAUUGAACCAUGGGCCGGUUUUUGCAGAUAAGAAGGUGAUGAUUUGUGCACUAUGUUUCAUUCAGUUUGUUGUCUAUUCCAUGAGGAAUCCUGUUGUUUAUCGGACCGCAAAAAAGUAGUGUUUUGCUAACUAUUUAAGUUGUUAUGUAAGCCUUAAGCAGGCACUUUUUCGCUGCAGCUCACUCAACUUAAAAAUUUCUGGACUGAAAUGACACCGGUUUGAAACUUUGCGAAGUCAGUUUACUGAAUAAACAUUCUAAAAUUUGCGUCAUUUUAAAUUUGGACUCGCUGGAAUGCUUCUAGGGGCCAUUAACGUACUGCCUAGCGUCAUAUAAAGACUUUUAAUCGGCCUUUGAACGGGUUUUGUUGUUUUAAAUUGCUGAUAUUUUUGCUAACCCGGUUUUCAAAAAUCCAGGUAUGUAUAAUUUGGCAAUUUUCUAGAGCGAAUUUGUUGCGAUGGGCUCAUGAUCUAUAUUUUACUUUUUAUGUCAGUUUUGUCGAUAGAAUACAACCGUAUCAUAAUAUUCAAGGAACCCAUACCAGACAGAGUGCUUCCAGAUCACGUGAUUAGAACUGAAAAGGUACUUAAUGAAGGGGGCUGCAGGGUGAAAUGUUUUUUGGAACCAAAAUGCGUGUCUAUUAACGUGGGUCCUGGAGGUGCUCAUACAAGAACAUGCGAACUUAACAAUGCCACUGACGAGAGCCCUUCACUGUCCUCUCUGAAAAAGAAGGAACAUUACAUUCACUUUGCUAUUGAGGUAUGUUAAAACUGACUUUUGGUUCGUACGUACUGACUACUGAAUGAUGACAAUAACGAUUCAGGGCAUACAUGUAAUAACGACGACGAUGAUGAUGAUGAUGAUGGUGGUGAUAAUGAUGAUGACCAUAUUGCUAAUGGUGCUGCUGCUGAUGAUGAAUGACGUUGACAAUAUUGAUGACAAUGAUGGUGAUAGAGGUGAUGAAGAUCAUUAUUAUGGUUCUGAUGAUGAUGAUUUUUGGUUGUUGUUAUGGAUGAUAAUAAUGAUGACAAUAAUGAUGUUGACAAUGCUGAUGAUAACAGAUGUAUCAUAAUUCUGUUCUCGGUAUUGUUUUUGAUGAUGGUGAUGGGAAGUAUGAUUCUGAUGAUGAUGUUGACGAUGUGAUGUUGAAAAUAGCGAUUCCAAGAAGCGAUAUAAAUGAGAUGUGCUGAUAACAAUGGUAAUGGAGAUUGUGAUAAAGGUGUUGUAGGAUAUAGACUGUGGAACCCACAUUGCGGAUUAACUUUUGUGAUGUAGUAUAUGACGGAGAACUUGAAAAACAAAUAAUGCACAUCAGAUUUAAGGCUGCAAAUUAAUAAAACAUCUAAUGGGGUAUCUUUUUAACUCAGAACUUUUGCCAAAUUAACGAUGAUCCGUGCCCAGGAGAAAACGAGUUAUGUGAAGUUGGGUUUACAGAAAAACGCUACAGAUGUGUCUGUCGCGAUGGGUUCAAGUUUAUAAACGACCAAUGUACAGGUAAUUCGCAGAAGCUAGAUGCAUAAAACAACUCAUACUCUUCGCCAAGAGCCAAGUUUAAAGAGUGUUUUCACUCACGUGGCCAGCAUCUAUGCAAAUUUAUUGGAACAAAAGAAAGCGUUUGCAUAAGAAAAGAGUUCAACUCCCAGAGGAUUGGUUUGGGACACCAACAUGGCCGCCGUUUCACUGUUUUGGGACACCAAUAUGGCCGCCAUGACGUCAUGUGUAAACACUCUAUAGUUCAUCGCGCCCUUGCAAAUAUAGAGUAAUUGCACAUGACGUCACGGCGGUUAUAUUAAUGUUCGAAAACAAUGAAACGGACCCGGUGCUCACUUUAGUGCCCGACUACAAGGUCUCGAUCUUAUACUCGGGCACCGGCACGUACCGUGCCCAAAUUCUAGCGCGGGUACUUAACAAAAGGUGCGUUCACAUUAGGGCCCAGCGAGUAUCGUACUCGGGAACCAGUGCCCGGGAACCAAGUGUGAACGCACCCUUAGUCUGUUAAUCAGGCUCAGAUAUUGGCCAUUUUGAGACUGAUUUCGCAAGAGACUGGGUCGGGGUUGUGUCGAACUGCAUUGUGGGAGCGUCUUGGGGGACGAAUUUUUACCCACACUCCUGUGCGAGCUUGCAAAAGUCAAGAGGAAACAUCACUGUUUACAGACAACGAGUAAAACAAAAGAACUUCCCGCUUUUGUUAGAAGAACUAAUGCCCUUCUGUUGGGCACAUUUAAAAUAUCAAUAGGUGACGUUAGCGUGAGUAUCGCUACAGAACUAUUGAAGGGGCGAUAGUGUCCGACAAUGCAAUUGUACACAACAUCGAAACAGACUCUUGGGCAAACUCACAAUAGCCACUGAUACAAAUUACGAUGGAUUGACUCUUAUUUUCUGUAGAUCUAAAAAUAGUUUUUCUACUUCAUUUUUAUAUCGCCAUUCUUGUUCAAUGUUGACAGAUAUUGAUGAAUGCGAUGAGGAAUUGCACGACUGCAAGCUAGGUAUGCCGGGGGGCAUGAAAUGCAUCAAUGAGCCUGGUUCGUUUCGUUGUGAAUGUCUCCCCGGUUUUGUUAAAGAAGGUACUAUCUGUAAAGGUCAGUAUUUUAAGGGGAAUAUUCUAACAGCUCCGAUGCCUUCUUAAAACUAAUGACCGAGCGCGUAGGGCGAGGUUAUGAUUGAUUUUUGAAGAAGGGCAUUAUCCGGUUUAGUGGACCUUUCUAUUGUUUUAGAACCAGCAAGUCAUUACUGUGGCCUCUGAAAUGGAACAGUAGGUUAUUAUUCCUAAUUGUUCCACCUGUCUUCCGUGACCAGCUCCUUCGAUCCAUUUGUUGAAAAUAAAAACCUUUUCAAAACAAUGGAAAGGUGCAUUAAACAUACUAUGUUGAAUGAUUCAAUAACCUUUUUAUUAUUCAUUAUAACUACUCUCAGACUCACAACGUUAUUACUUUUGAGUAUAAAUUUUUGGCAUCAUUUUUAGUUCCUACGCAGUUUAGAGAACGAAUGGAUGUUUUGUUUUAAAAGUUACCCUCACAGAGCGUCACCAUUUACAUAUUUUUCGUGUUGUUCAGACGUUGACGAAUGUGUGUCCUCCAGCUUCAAUAACUGUUCACUUAACGAGAAAUGUGUGAAUGAACAUGGAUCAUUCCGUUGUGAGUGCAUUGUUAUUGGACAGUGUAAAGGUCAGUGAAUAUUACUAGAGGUCGCUAAUCAGAUUACUUGUAACAAGGCUUUGUGUAACAUGCAUUUUUCUGUUUACUGUACGUUAUUAGGAAGCUUAAGCAACCACGAUGUGGGCGAAAACGACAACGUCAAAAAAACAAUUGUUUUUAUGAGCAAAACAACAACUUUGCACCUGCAUCACACUUUUUUAGUACAUUUCUUUGACGUUACGCCUUCUAUGUGAAAACAAACAAACACGUGAGCGAUUGGCAAUUUUCAUCAGCUUUUCCCUCCCUAAGAGACAAAGAAAAAGACUUCUUUCUUACAUUCAGUCAAUCGCCGAGUAUCGCGUGACUGUAAAUGGAUAAGGAUAGGGUUUUUCUUUUUUCUUUUUUUUUUUUUUUGCUUUAAUUACACUCAUGUGACUGUCAUACUGUCCAUAAACAUAUUUCUUUUAAUCACUAAUUUAUAUGGUUUCAAUUUUUCAGUGAGAAUGGAUUCAGUUAUAAUAUCUAAUAAUGGAAUGUAUCUGUACAUGCUCGAUCGAUUCCUUACUCCUGUCGUUGGAGGAAAUUCUCAGUGGCAUCUGUGUUAUCGCCGCUCUAUUCAUACCCGAUACGACUUAAUAUUUCACCAGAGGUGCGACGGAAAGAACAACACCCUUACGAUAAUAAAAGAGAAUGAGUUCGUGUUUGGAGGUUUUACUGACAUUCCAUGGGGUAAGUUUUUUUUUUUAAAUUUCUUGGACUUAGCCGUAUCAAGUAUACUUAAUAGGGUGUUCCCAGGGGAGGAUCUGGCACUGAUUUCUCCCUUUACAGCGUAAGCGACGAUAAAAUCGCCAACAAAAACGAGCAACUUGUUUCGCGACAUUGCUAUAAAACGAGUUGAAACGGGAUGUUGCGCGUUUUUAAUUACCACUCACGAAUCAAAACUGUCUUUUAAAGAAGGUAAGUUAAAAAUUCGUGCGUUUACAGUUCUGUUCAUACAGAACAUCAAUUAACCUUGACCGUACGAAAAUUUAGACCCCUAUCCCUUCAAGGUUCGGUGUUGACCGAGCGAAAAUGUCGAACGGUCCCGUGCGAGUGAACGAAUUGUCCGGUCAGAUUUUUUAGCUGGUCGAAAAUUCGUUCGGUGCCGAGUGAACGCAGCCUUACAAGACAAAUAUUCGGAUCAUUAUACCUUUCCUGGAAACUGCCCACCUACCCCCUCCCCUAAGCCAACAUUUUGCCUUAAGUGAGAAGUAAGUGUUAAUGUUGGCUUAGGGGAGGGGUAGGUGGGCAGUUUCCCAGAAACGAUUAAUGAAUUUUCUAUGGUAUACAGUUUCAUUGCAAUUGUAAAGUUAUUAUUUAUUGGUAACUGUUGGAAACAGCAGUUUUUUGGGAUAUUCGUGUUAAAAGUAACAAUUUCCCUCUUUUCAAUUUAAAAAAGGUGUUUCCUUUGCUCUCUCUCUCUCUCUCUCUCUCUCUCUCUCUCUCUCUCUCUCUCUCCCUCUUUCUCUCUCUCUCCCCCUUUUUUUUUUUUUUUUCUUUUUGCCGCGCUGUUUUUUUUUUUCUUACAUACAACACAUACUUCUUUUUCUUUCUUUUAAAAAAAACAGACAUUUUCUCUCUCCUCAGUUCGUUGAAAAACAUUAUCAACCAAUAUUAAUAAAAUAUAUAUGUAUUUGUUAUGGUAUAGAUUGUUUUUGUGUUUGUUUAGUUAUUUUUUAUUUAUAUCUCUGUAAAAGAGCUGUUUUUUUUGAUAUUUGUGUUAAAAAAAACUAUCUCUCUCUCUUCUAUUUAUAAAAUGUGUUUUUUUUUCUCUCUCUCUCUCUCUCUCUCUCUCUCUCUCUCUCUCUCUCUCUCUCUCUCUCUCUCUCUCUCUCUCUCUCUCUUUUUCCACUGCAGGCGGUGCUGAUUCUGUAUACAGAGAAACAACCAAGGCUUUCAUCUUCUCUCUUCGAAAUAAAGAGCAACUUGGGCCCUUCAAGAGCAUGGUAAAAGAAUCAUCAAACGCAAUUUAUAAUCACAUGUACAUGGGACCGACAUUUGGUAGGACAGAUAUUCGUAUCAACACUCGUAAAGUAGUGGAUUCAUCAUCGUCACAUCUUGGAAAGUCUUACUUUGCAACAAAUGAAGUAAAAGACUACAGCACCAUCCUGGCCGGUGCAAACAGGUUCGAUCCGGAUGAAUUGGAGGUUUUUUACCUUGAAUGA